UGCACAGCAGAAGAGCAGACACAAAACAUAGCAUUUGGUGUUUGGUGGGUGAGGAAGUCGUGCCCUGAAAGUGGUCCGCUGAAAAAGAUCCGUGUGUGAAGAAAAAUCGAAUUUUCACUGUGAAUACUCGUGCAAAUCAACAUCCCUGCCGUACAGCACCUGGGCGCGUGUAUCCUUUCGUGUUCGCGGGAGGAGUGAGCGAAAGCAGCCCCGUCGUCGUUUUCCCCUCGCUCUCAAGGUGCUGGAGCUCCCGGUGGUGCUCCAGACACAGGAUUCAAUCCACCGCCACCACCACCGAGUGUGUGCGACGGCAUAUUAAAAGCGAAAAAUCUUAGUGUAAGCGUGUGUCUGUGUGCGAGCGCAAAAAAGGACUCUCCGUUGGGCGUAAUCGCACGGCCAACUGCAGCCGGAAGCAUACAAAAAAGGAGCAAAAAACAACAACUUCCCCCAAAGAUGGUGAUGCUGGUUCGCGAGACAUCGCGUACCGUGGCAAUCGCGACCGCGUUGCUCUGCCUAUUAAGUGGCUUCAAUUGUCUCAAUGGAGUGGCCGGCGCAGGCAAGGUGGACGACUCGAAGGGUCCGGUCUUCCUGAAGGAACCAACGAACCGUAUUGAUUUUUCCAACUCGACCGGUGCGGUCGUGGAGUGCAGCGCAACCGGUAACCCGCCCCCGGAAAUGAUCUGGAUCCGCAGCGACGGUACGGCGGUCGGCGAUGUGCCCGGACUGCGGCAGAUCCUGCCGAACGGCAAUCUGGUGUUUCCGCCGUUCCGCGCCGAGGACUACCGGCAGGAGGUGCACGCCCAGGUGUACGCCUGCAUGGCCAAGAACCAGUUCGGGUCGGUGAUUUCGCGCGACGUCAACGUACGGGCCGUGGUCCAGCAGUACUACGACUCGGAGGUGAACAAUGCGUACGUGAUUCGCGGCAAUUCGGCCAUACUGAAAUGCUCGAUACCGUCGUUUGUGGCGGACUUUGUUGCGGUCGUGUCGUGGAACGAUGAUGCCGGCAAUGUCUAUCAACAGCUCGACAACCGCACUGUCCAGUCAGCCGAGCUGGAAGUUGACGGUAAAUACAUGGUGCUACCCUCCGGUGAGCUGCACAUCCGCGAAGUGGGACCCGAAGACGGCUACAAGAGCUACCAGUGCCGCACCAAGCACCGGCUGACCGGUGAAACGCGCCUAUCCGCCACCAAGGGACGACUGGUCAUCACAGAACCACUUGGCAGGGUGUCUCCCAAGCUAGACUCCACGUCCAAGAUCGUGACGGCCGAAGUGAGGCGUAGUAAUACGAUCGCCCUGCUUUGCUCAGCGCAGGGCUACCCGAUAGCAGUGUUUAGAUGGUACAAGUACAUCGAAGGAACUCAGCAAAAGAAGGCCGUCGUGCUGGACGAUCGUGUCAAGCAGGUGUCGGGAACGCUCAUCAUUAAGGACGCUGUCGUGGACGACUCGGGCAAGUACCUGUGCGUGGUGAACAAUUCCGUCGGUGGCGAAAGUGUGGAAACCGUCCUGACCGUGACGGCACCGCUGGCAGCAAAGAUUGAACCACGCACGCAAACGGUAGACUUUGGCCGACCGGCCGUGUUUACGUGCAAGUUCUCGGGCAACCCGAUCAAAACCGUGUCGUGGAUGAAGGAUGGCAAGUCGCUCGGCCACAGCGAUGCGGUCCUGCGCAUCGAGUCCGUCAAGAAGGAGGAUAAGGGCAUGUACCAGUGUUUCAUUCGCAACGAUCAGGAAAGUGCACAGGCUAGCGCCGAACUCAAGCUGGGAGGACGCUUUGACCCACCGAUCAUUCGUGAAGCAUUCCCUGAGGAAACGCGCCACCCAGGACCGUCUGUGUUUCUGAAGUGUGUUGCCGGCGGUAACCCAACGCCCGAAAUCAGCUGGGAGCUGGAUGGAAAGAAGAUCACCAACAGCGAACGCUAUCAGGUCGGACAGUACGUGACGGUGAACGGUGACGUUGUGUCGCAUCUGAACAUUACCUCGAUCCACUCGAACGACGGUGGCCUGUACAAGUGUAUGGCAAGCAGCAAGGUCGGUGUGGCUGAACAUUCCGCCAAGCUGAACGUGUACGGUCUGCCGUACGUGCGAACGAUGGAAAAGAAGGCGAUCGUUGCGGGCGAAACGCUGAUUGUCACCUGCCCGGUAGCCGGUUAUCCAAUUGAAUCCAUCGUAUGGGAACGAGACAACCGACAGCUACCGAUCAACCGUAAGCAGAAGGUAUUCCCGAACGGAACACUCAUCAUCGAAAAUGUCGAACGAAACUCGGACCAAGCCACAUACACCUGUGUCGCGAAGAACUCGGAAGGCUACACGGCACGCGGUACACUAGAAGUGCAAGUAAUGGUUCUACCGCAAAUAGUCCCAUUCGGGUUCGGCGAGGAACAGGUGAACCAGUUCGAUAUGGUUUCUACCAUGUGCACCGUAAACAAGGGCGAUAUGCCGAUCGACAUUGCUUGGGAGUUCACGCCAACGUUUCCGAGUCCAGGAAAGGCGAGAAAAUUGUACACUAACGAUGGUGUCCUGAUCAGUCGGACGAGCACGCGUAUUAGCAUGCUUAGCAUAGACUCGGUGCGCGAUCGACACAGUGGAAAUUACACUUGCCAUGCGAAGAAUCAAGCAGGGCUGGUAGAGUACACGGCAGUCCUCUUUGUGAACGUACCUCCGAGAUGGAUUCUUGAACCAACUGACAAGGCUUUCGCUCAGGGAUCAAACGCCAAGGUCGAAUGUAAAGCCGAUGGUUUCCCGAAGCCGCAGGUCACCUGGAAGAAAGCAGUGGGAGACACUCCCGGAGAGUACAAGGACCUACGAUCGAACGACUCAAGCAUCCGUGUUGAGGAAGGCUCGCUUUUCAUUCAGAACAUCCAAAAGUCGAACGAAGGCUACUACCUGUGCGAAGCAAUCAACGGCAUCGGCUCGGGACUGAGCGCAGUCACACUGAUCACGGUUCAAGCGCCGCCAGAGUUUGUCGAGAAGCUACGCAACCAAACCGCUCGCCGUGGUGAACCGUCCGUACUGCAGUGUGAAGCGAAGGGUGAGAAACCAAUUGGCAUCCUGUGGAACAUGAACAACAUUCGCCUGGACCCAAAGUCCGACAACCGGUACACGAUUCGCGAGGAAAUUCUACCCAACGGUGUCACCUCCAGCCUGUCGAUCAAGCGCACGGAGCGUAGCGAUUCGGCACUGUUUACCUGCAUGGCCACGAACGCGUUCGGUAGCGACGACACGAGCAUCAACAUGAUCAUCCAGGAAGUGCCAGAGAUGCCGUACGCACUGAAGGUGCUGGACAAAUCGGGUCGCACCGUGCAGCUGAGCUGGGCCAAACCGUAUGAUGGAAACUCACCGCUGAAGCGCUACAUCAUCGAGUUCAAGCGUUCGCGCGGCUCGUGGGAAAACGAUAUUGAUCGGGUGAUUGUGCCGGGUGACACGAACGAGGCGCAGGUACAGAAGCUAAGCCCGGCCACCACGUACAACAUUCGUAUUGUGGCAGAGAACGAAAUCGGUGUGUCGGAUCCAUCGGAUGUGGUAACGAUCAUUACGGCGGAAGAGGCACCGUCCGGUAAGCCGCAAGCAAUCAAGGUGGAAGCGAUCAAUCAGGCGACACUGCGCGUCAGCUGGAAGGCACCGCCGCGCGCCGAAUGGAACGGUGACAUUCUGGGAUACUAUGUGGGAUAUAAGCAGACAUCGCUGAACACGUUGUACGUGUACGAAACGGUCAACUACUCGCCGGAAGGUGGAGAAGGCAAGGAGCACAGUCUGGAGAUUAACAAUCUGAAAACGUACACACAGUAUUCGAUCGUGAUUCAGGCGUUUAACAAGGUUGGCGCUGGCCCGAUGAGUGACGAAGAGAAGCAGUACACGGCAGAAGGAACGCCCGACCAGCCACCAAGCGAUACGAUGUGCACCACGCUAACCUCGCAGACGAUUCGCGUGUCCUGGGUAAGCCCACCGCUAGAGUCGGCGAACGGUGUCAUCAAGGGAUACAAGGUGGUGUACGCACCGAGCGAUCUGUGGAACAACGACAAGAACAAGGACUACAAGAAGACGGCAUCGAGCGAUACGGUGCUACACGGGCUGAAGAAGUACACCAACUACACGAUGCAGGUGCUGGCGACCACUUCGGGCGGCGACGGUGUGCGCAGUGCGCCGAUCCACUGUCAAACGGAACAGGACGUGCCGGAAGCACCGACCGCAGUGAAGGCGCUGGUAAUGUCGGAAGGAUCGAUUUUCGUUUCGUGGCAACCACCGGCACAGCCCAACGGACUGAUCCUUCAGUACACCGUGUACAUCAAGAGCGGCGAUCAAGAACCGAAGAGCUUCAAGGUACCAUCGUACCAGAUCAACUACGAAGCGUCCGGGCUGGAGAAGAAUCAAAAGUACGAAUUCUGGGUAACGGCGUCCACCACGAUCGGGGAGGGUCAGUCCUCGAAAACGCUUUCCGCCAUGCCGAGCGAUAAGGUCCCGGCCAAGAUUGCAUCGUUCGAUGACAAGUUUACCGCUACUUUCAAGGAGGACGCUAAGCUGCCAUGCCUGGCCGUGGGAUCUCCGGCGCCGGAAAUUACCUGGAAGAUCAAGGGCGUAGAGUUUGUGCCGAACGAACGCAUCCGUCAGCUGCCGGAAGGUUCGCUGUUCAUCAAGGACGUCAUUCGCCAGGAUGCGGGUGAUUACACAUGUACGGCGGAGAAUUCCAUCGCCAAGGAUUCGAUUACGCACCGACUGAUUGUGCUUGCGCCACCACAGUCGCCCCAGCUUACGCUUACCGCAACGACGACCGAUUCGCUCUCGGUGAAGCUGAAGCCGCACGAAUCGGACACUGCCCCGCUGCAGGGCUACACGCUGCACUACAAGCCCGAGUUUGGCGAAUGGGAAACGAUCGAUGUGGCGCUGGAAGCACCGAAGUACACGAUCGAAAAGCUGUACUGUGGCUCACGCUAUCAGGUGUACGCGACCGCGUACAACUCGAUCGGUGCCGGUGAACCGUCCGACAUACUGAACACGCGCACGAAGGGCUCGAAACCGUUGCUGCCGGAAAAGUCUCGCUUUAUUGAAGUUUCGUCCAACUCCAUUACGCUGCAUCUGCCCGCGUGGAAGGAUGGUGGCUGCCGCAUGUCGCACUUUGUCGUUGAACACAAGAAGAAGGAUCAAAUUGACUGGAACCAGAUCUCGAACAACGUCAAGCCGGGUGGUAACUUUGUGGUACUGGAUUUGGAACCGGCCACCUGGUACAAUCUUCGCGUGACCGCUCACAAUAACGCUGGAUUUACUGUAGCGGAGUAUGAGUUCGCUACUCUCACCAUUACCGGAGGAACGGUUGCGCCCAUUUUUGGAUCUGUACAGCCCGGUACCAUCUACCCGCCGUGGAUUCCGCACUGGAUCGAUCUGAACGUGAUGGUACCACUGAUCGCAACCGUGAUCGUGGUGGCGGUAGGCGUACUAGUGAUCUGUGUAGCCAUUUCCCGGCGCCGAGACGACGAUCCCCGAUGCGGACCGAAGGAUGUAUACUACGAUGUCGUGUACAAUCAGUCGAUGGGACCGGCGGGAGCCGCCACACUGGACAAGCGACGACCGGACAUCCGCGAUGAGCUGGGUUACAUUGCACCGCCGAACCGCAAGCUGCCACCGGUACCGGGCUCGAACUACAACACCUGCGACCGAGUUAAGCGCGGAACUGUCAUAAGCCAUAAUCCUUCCAUAAAAUCCAACCAUACCACUUGGGACCCGCGCCGUCCGUUGUACGAAGAACUGAAGAAAGCGCCGCCACCACUGCCCAGACGUUUCAACCAUCCGCCGGCGUGCUAUGGCAUGGAAGAUGAGAUCUGCCCGUACGCCACGUUCCAUCUGCUUGGAUUCCGGGAGGAGAUGGACCCGACCAAGGCGAUGAACUUCCAAACCUUCCCGCACCAGAACGGUAUGGGCGGCCCGGGACACAUGGGAACGAUGGGAUCGAGCAUGGCGAUGCAGGUGCCCAGCCACGUCCACUCGCGGUCCGGCUCGCAGUCGAUGCCACGUCAGAAUCGCUAUGCCCGCAAGAACAGCCAGGGUGGCCAGAGCAGCAUCUACACCCCGGCACCGGAGUAUGACGAUCCGGCCAACUGCGCGGAGGAAGAUCAAUACCGACGUUACACACGCAUCAACUCGCAAGGCGGCUCGCUGUACUGUGGCCCCGGACCCGAAUACGACGAUCCGGCCAACUGUGCUCCGGAGGAUGACCAGUACGGUUCGCAGUACGGUGGCAACUAUGGCACACCGUACGAGCACUACGGCUCGCGGGGAUCGGUCGGACGCCGUAGCGUUGGCUCGCCGGAACCGCCACCACCGCCACCACGCAACCACGAUACGAGCAACUCGUCCUUCAACGACUCCAAGGAAAGCAACGAAAUCUCCGAAGCCGAGUGCGAUCGCGACAAUGGGCCGCGUGGAAACUAUGGAGAACCGUCUGAGGCUUCAUCGAAAUCCAACGAUGCUAUUAAUGGUGACGAAACAGAGAAGUUGUUGAAAAGAAACGAAGUCAAACCCAAGUACACCAAACAAACAGCAGCCUCCGGUAGCACAGGACUCACAGCCUACGAUACUAUGGCAGUGUAAUCUGUAAGCCCGCCCUGUGAACGCACACGUGAAGGCAUAACGCUUCUUCACACCUUCGUCAGCCAGCCAAGCAACAAUUGAUGGAAGGUAAAAAAGACCGAAGCAAACAUCUGUAGUGUGAAGAUUGCUGUAUCAUCCUAGGAGAAGUGUAUGAUGAUGAUGAAAACGAUACUGUAAUCUACGUAUCAACACGGUGACGUUUUUGUCAAGCAGAACGAGUCAGGGGCAGAACGCACGAAUUUAGCGCAUUUACGUUAAUUUAUAUACAUAUAUCAGGAAAAAGCCCACUUUUAACGUGCUAAAACUCCCCACACCCCCCGUCAGUCAGUCAGUUAGUCAGUUAUUGAACGAAACCUUUCACCGUGUAUUCGUGCUUAUAUGUGUCCUGUGUACUGUGUCCUAUAUACGUUUUGGUAAGUGUGGUUUUUACGCAAACGAUCAC